UGUCAAACUUUUGGGAGACUCUCAAAACAAAAGGUCCCCUGAAUUUUCCAUCAAAUUUUUCCAACAAAUUUGUUCUACACCCUUGCAUCAUUCAGUUCAGUUAAACAUUUUUAUUUCUCAUAUUUUGGUAUUUGUAUCGCAUUCGAAAGGAAAAAUUUCUUGGCUCGCUUCUGAGAGAAUUGCCACAAAAUUCGAGCACUUCCCCAAAACAGCAAUGACUUUCACAUACAAAGAACUCAUUGACGUGGCCAUUGGCUCACCCGAGUCGGGCCAUGUUAACUUUUAUGCUUUGCAUGUUCUACUAACGUGUUUUGCCCAGCGAUUGGACGUCUUGGAUGAAGUUGUCGAGCAGGAGGACUACAUGGUGGCUAAUGUACGGAUGCAGAGCAGCUUCUUGACCUUGGGCAAACCCUCAAAGUUUCGUCUGUUUGCCGGUGCCGAUGCCGAAGGGGAGGCCCCAGCUGAAGGUGAGGCGGCACCAGCUGAGGAGGCACCCGCCGAGGAGGCAGCACCACCACCGCCGGCGGAGGAGGCACCAGCGGCACCGGAGGCUGCCGAGACGGCACCCACACCCGCACCCGAACCAGAACCAGAGCCACAGCCACCCGCAGAAACACCCGCACCCGAACCAGAACCAGAACCAGUAGAAACUGGCGCCCCCACCCCGGCGCCAGAACAGGAGGCUCAAGAUGCAGAAGGCAAGGGAGGCGAUGAUAAGUCGCUGGAAGGGGUGCCUCUGGCUUCGCGGGUGUCUUCGCGCUCCUCGACCCGCGAUAAGUCUCACACCCGGCUCGAUGGAUCGAUUGGUAAUGUUAGCCGGUUAGAGCGUCGUGUGUCCAAGAUGGAGUUGCAGAAGGAGCAGGCCUCCAUGGAGAUGCAACAGUUCGUGACCAGUCUGACCGGGCAGCUCAAGCUGACCAUGGAGCAGGUGAACAAUGUGACCCACUUGCUGAUCGAUCGCAAGCCGAACCCGCAGAGGAUCAAGGUUCUGCGCAACAUUGCCAAGCAGUUGAGAGUUCUUAUGAUGACAGGAGAUGAAGUGUCGGUAAGCUGGAGCAGUGGCGAGAUUCACGGGGUCGAGGAGGAGGAGAUGAUGGAGGAGGAGGUACCGGAGAGCUCGACGCCCACGGAACUGGAAAAGCCCGAGGAGGAGCAGGAGCUGGGACUGGAGCCGACUCUGUGCUAUUCCCCCGACAAAAUGCUCAACGAGCUGCUGGACCUCAAGUCGCAGUUCUGUGCUCUGACCAACAAGGUCAACGAGCUGGCGGCGGCCCUUCUUAAGCAGGACUCCCAGCGUCUGAUGGAGAUGAUGAGGGAGCUGCAAGACACUGUGCGGGAUAUCAAGCUCUAUGUGGCCGGGAAUAAGGAGUCCAGUUCCACCAUGAUGAGUCGCCUCAAUGAUGCCACCACGCAGAUCGUAAUCCUUAAGAAGUCCGUGGCCCACUUGGACGAAGUGAAGAUCGACAAGAACGAGGUGGAAUUGCUGCUGGCCGAGAAGGUGGACUUCCAGCAACUGGCCACAAAGGUGUCCCUGGAGCAGCUGGAGGAGUACAAGGCCAGGCUGGAGAAGAUGUUCUGCGAGGUGCGGCACAUCAUCAGCCUCAACGAGAAGAACGUCCUGCAGAUCAUCGACAAUCUGCGCAUGACCCUGGGCAUCGAUGCUUUGGAGCUAAGCCUCAAGGACUUCCGCGAGAUGAUCGAGAAGCGAGUCCACAUGAUCGCCGAGGCCUUGCAGAAGUACAUGGAGAUGACCAACGACGACUGUGCCGCCGCCGCCGGAAGGGUGAAGGUCAUGCAGGAGCUGGCCUGCUUGUCCUGCGAUACCACCUGUGUGAUGCGCACCGUGGAGCGGUCCAAGGUCCCGUCCCUGCCCACGGCCAAAGGCUCCACCGGCCUGGGACCGAUUGUCACCUACGAACUGGGCAACAUCCGGAAGUCGGGCAUCAUGGGCUACUACCGCAAGGACGAGUUCCCGCACGCCACCAGUGCCUGGACCAAAGGUGUGCCCAUGGUGAAGUGCACCCCGCGACAUGCCGGCGGCAGCCACACCACCCACACCCACGAGGACCACAUGCAGAAGGUGGUGCUCUCCAAGAGGAACACUGGCUGGAAAUAGGAAGCACAAUUAUUGAUUUCAUCUACCCCCCACAAAAACACAGAAUUGUAACAGCUUUGUUUUAUCAAAAUACUCCAACAAAAUUAAAAAGAUGUGAAGUUGUACAAAAAAUUAAAAUUAAACAA